AGGCCGUGGAAAUAUGCGGUGCUGGAAAGCCACAUUAAUCCCGCAAACUGUGCACCGGCACCAAACAGAGCUAGGUCACCACACUUUCACGGCGCACUCCGCGUUUCACUUGUUUUUAUCCGAGUCCGAAGGAAACACUCAACGUUCAGCUCGAUGAUGAAUGUUCUCCACAAUUUCCAACAUCCGUUCUUGAAGACGGGUAACAUUUCUCUAGUGGAUAUCACGCGUAGCUUGGUGAGGGAGCUGAAAGGAGCUCCUGCCCAGACGGUCGACUUGAAUGAGCUAGCGGUGCGCUUCGCCGUGGACAAAAGACGGCUGUACGAUGUUGUAAAUAUCCUAGAAGGGAUCUCCCUCAUCAAGCGUCGUGCUGCUCAAAGAGUUAGUUGGAACAGCGACACCGGGAGAGGGAAUCAUGCGCAUGCAUUGAAAAGCGACCUCCAUUGGCUUGACGACAAAGAGCGGGAGCUAGAUCGACUCAUUCACAUGGCGAAGUCAGAUAUGCAAGCGAUAACCUAUAGUUCGGAAGCCGAUAGGUAUGCAUACGUCACCGAGAAAGAUAUCAAGGGGAUAGAGCGUCUUCUAAGCGACACAGUGCUGGUUAUCAAAGCUCCUCCGAGGACAACUCUUGAAAUCCCGACACCGAAUAAUGUGAGUAACGUGCUCAAUUCUAGGCAUUCAAAGCUUAGAAAUUACUCACAACCAUGACUUUUUAUGUCUUUUAGAACCAUGCUCUGUUGUGGCUUAAAAGCCGAUCCAGUGCCAUCCAAGUAAACGAAAUACGUCGAAAUAAGGACUCCACCACAGCAGUCGUACACACAAGAGACACGAAUGUCGAUAACAAACGCGCGCGACACGCGAACACUGAUG